CCUCGACUUCGCUUCGGGAACCUUUGUUUCCUGCUCUCGGAGCUGGCUCGUGCCGGGACCGGUUCGGAAGGGGCUACAGGGAGCCGACUGAGGAGCGGGGCGGAGCGGUUCCCAGGUAAUGCGUAUGCCGCUAAUCCAGAGGAUACAUUUUGAGGAGAAGAUUUAGAGUGAGACAAGAACCCAGCCUUGGAGAAUUCAUUUUUGUUUAAGUGGAUUAGGAGGAAUCUACAAAAAAAAGACUGAAAACGACGUAAGAGGAAAAACCGUAUUUAUUAUAUUUGCCUCAGACUCUGAAUACAUUGGAGGUGAGGCCAUCUACUGAGACAGAGAAACAGUUUCAAGGAAAAUGGAGAAAGAUAACUAGAGAAGCAGUUUCAAGGAAAAUGGAGAAAGGUGUUUACAAUGGCUGCUACUGUGAACUUGGAACUUGAUCCCAUUUUUUUGAAAGCACUAGGCUUCUUACAUUCAAAGAGUAAGGAUUCUGCUGAAAAGCUAAAAGCGUUACUUGAUGAAUCUUUGGCUCGGGGCAUUGAUUCAAGUUACCGUCCUUCCCCAAAGGAUGUGGAGCCACCCAAAAUUACAAGCACAAAAACUAUUUCCGUUAAGCAAGAGCCCAAAACAUCUUCCAGUCUUCCUUCUGGCAAUAAUAAUGGCAAGGUUCUCACAACUGAAAAGGUGAAGAAGGAAGCUGAAAAGAGACCUGCUGAUAAAAUGAAAUCAGACAUCACCGAAGGAGUGGAUAUUCCAAAGAAACCUAGAUUAGAGAAACCAGAAGCACGGUCCUCUCCCAUUACGGUCCAAACCAGCAAGGAUUUAGCUAUGGCUGACCUUUCCAGUUUUGAGGAGACCAGUGCUGAUGAUUUUGCCAUGGAAAUGGGAUUAGCCUGUGUUGUUUGUAGGCAAAUGACAGUAGCAUCUGGUAAUCAAUUAGUAGAAUGUCAAGAGUGCCAUAAUCUCUACCACCAAGAUUGCCAUAAGCCCCAGGUGACAGACAAGGAGGUGAAUGACCCUCGCCUUGUGUGGUAUUGUGCUCGAUGUACCAGACAAAUGAAAAGAAUGGCUCAAAAAACUCAGAAACCGCCACAGAAACCAGCUCCCGCUGUUGUUUCUGUAGCCCCUGCUGUCAAAGAUCCAUUGGUUAAGAAACCAGAAACUAAACUCAAACAAGAGACGACUUUUCAGGCAUUUAAGAGAACAGAAGUCAAGACAUCUGCAGUUAUUUCAGGAAAUUCUUCUAGUACCAGUGUUUCCUCUUCAGUAACUAGUGGCCUAACUGGAUGGGCAGCUUUUGGAGCCAAAACUUCUUCUGCUGGUCCAUCAACAGCAAAAUUGAGUUCAACAACCCAAAACAAUAGUGGGAAACCUGCUACCUCAUCAGCUAACCAAAAGCCUGUGGGUUUGACUGGUCUGGCAACAUCAUCCAAAGGUGGAAUAGGUUCUAAAAUGGGUUCCAGUAACAACACUUCACCCACUGUACCAUUGAAACCACCUCCACCUCUAACUUUGGGCAAAACUGGCCUUAGUCGCUCAGUUAGUUGUGACAAUGUUAGCAAAGUAGGUCUUCCAAGUCCAAGUAGUUUAGUUCCAGGAGGCAGCAGCCAACUAAGUGGGAAUGGUAAUAGUGGGACCUCAGGGCCUAGUGGAAGUACCACCAGCAAAACCACUUCAGAAUCGAGCGGCUCUCCCUCAACGUCCCUUAAAGGCCCAACUUCUCAAGAAUCACAACUCAAUGCCAUGAAGCGAUUACAGAUGGUCAAGAAGAAAGCUGCCCAAAAGAAACUCAAGAAGUAAUAUGGCCAAGUAGGUUUUUAUAUCACAUUACUCUAGACAGUAAAAUCUUACUAUUAGGACAUAAACUGUAAGAUACUAUAAUUUAAUAAAAAUCUUCCUAAUGAAAUUUCUAUUAUUUCUUACCUUAAAAUGAUAAGUAUUACUUAGUAAAACUUGAAAUUCUUUAUUUUAAAUCUGUUUAACAGGUUUAUUUUAAUCAUUUCCAUAGUGUGUGAAAACAAUGAUUAGAAUGACUAAUUCUUGAUGAGAACUUCUACGGUCCUGGAAGACUGAUAGCAUAUAUGAAUUAAAACAAAAAAAACAAAAAACAAUAGUUAGUUCAUCUGAUAACCAAGCCCUAAGAAUUGAUCCUCCUGAAUAAGGUGCCUUAUAACAUGGCAAGGAUAACCCAUUAUAAAGUUUCCUACUUUCCCCCCAAUAUUCUGGAUAUUCAAUGUUAGUCUCCAGCCUCAUUUCAAUUAAUUUUCCUCUCUCCCCAAAUAUUUCAUCUCCCCUUUUUCAAAAAUAAUUUUUCGUAAUUGAUUUCUGAUACCCCUAUUAUCUUAACCUUUUUUAUCACCUCAUAUUAUUUAUGUCUUUCAAAAGAGUGUGAACUACCAUGCCCUUUUAAUGCAAUACUUUUCUCACAUUGCCCACUUUUCCUUACUUUGCCAGUGUAACAUAUGCACAUAGUAUAUACUUAAUAAAUGUUGAAUUUUGAGUUA